AUGGCACUGGCCGGGGUGUGCUGCGUUCGUUUUCGACCGAUCUGUCCAUCGUUGUCGACUGCGGAGGCGGAACAUGUGUCGGACUUGUCGUUGUUCGGGCUGGUGGAAAAAAAUCGAAGAAAUCAUGGCGGCUGCGGCGACCGAGGAGGAGACAAAGUAUGCGGUGAAGGCGGAGGCGGAGGCGGAGGCAGCGGCGGCGGCGGCGGAGGCAGCGGCGGCGGCGGCGGCGGCAACAGUGACACGUUAACGUUGGAUACCGGCUGUCGUGACGAUGACACGCCGGCGCCGGCUGAGCAGCGCCGUUCGCAUAAUACCACCGAACGCGUCGCUGUGCCCAGUUCGGAACAUGUGGCUGAAAUCGUUGGUAGACAAGGCUGCAAAAUCAAGGCCCUGCGCGCGAAGACAAACACGUACAUCAAGACUCCGAUCCGAGGCGAAGAUCCUAUCUUCGUGGAACUGCGGCGGGCGAGCAGCGUUGGGAGUCGUGCCCCCGGCGCCGCGCCGCGCCGUCGCCCUCACUUCUCUCCUACCUCACCGACGCAUGCGUUGUCUCUAUCAUUGCAGGGCGGCAUUCCAGCACCCGGUCACGUGACUUCCUACCUUCGCGUACCUUACCGUGUCGUCGGUCUCGUGGUGGGACCAAAGGGAGCAACCAUCAAACGCAUUCAGCAACAUACGCACACGUACAUCGUCACGCCUUCCAGGGACAGCGAGCCGGUAUUCGAGAUUACCGGUCUUCCGGACAACGUAUCGUUCGCUAAAUACCUGAUCGAGGCGCACAUCAUCAAUCGCACCGGUGUUGCUCCUCUCCCGACUACCGAGGCAGCGAUA